AUUAAGAUGAUUUCUUUCUGGUCGCUCAGACACACUAUUGCCAUAGCAUGUAUUGCUGCAUUGCAACUGUCUGAUCCUUUUGUCUUGGCUCAAGAGGGAGCUGGAGUUUCUGGCCCAACCACAGUCACUACAGGUUACUCUUGUGACCCCGCCAAAUGCAAACUGCCUGCUUGCUAUUGUCCUUCCACUAAACCUCCAGGUGGUCUGGAUCCUAAAAACAUUCCCCAACUGAUUACUCUAACUUUUGAUGAUUCUAUCAAUGAAGUUAUUUUGCCACAAAUUCUUAAUUAUACCUCGGAUUAUACCAAUCCAAACGGAUGUCCUCUUGCUGCUACAUUCUUUAUUUCAACUCAGUAUACUGAUUUCUGGCAUGUCAACCGUAUGUAUAGCUCUGGCCAUGAGAUUGCUACUCACACCAUCAAUCAUGUUGGCGAUCCUCCUCUUGGUGAAAUGUCUGGAGCUGUCCAAGCUGUCAGUGCCUUUGGCGGUGUUCCGCUCUCCAAAUUGGUUGGAUUCCGCACUCCGUUUCUUUUGUACAGUCGUAAUACCUAUGCAAAUCUGAUUACUGCUGGCACUUUCAAGUAUGAUUCGUCGAUGCCAAUGAACUAUGGCGCUAUUCCAGCUUGGCCUUACACACUUGACAAUGGACCAUACACUCAGUGUAGUGGUGGUACUUGUGUUGCUCCAUUCAACUUUCCAGGUCUGUGGGAGAUUCCCAUGUAUAUGCUACUUAAUGCUGACGGAACGGAGAAUGCUGCCAUGGAUCCUGAUCCUCUCCCAAAAGCUACUCCUGGCCCAAUGCCUGCCUCGGAUAUCUUUGAUCUGCUUAAAACCAACUUCAAUAACAGAUAUACCUCGACUCGCCUUCCAUUGGGCAUCUAUCUUCAUGCUGCCGUUGCUGUGACUCAACCCAACUAUAUUACCGGUGUGCGUAUGUUCAUGGACUGGAUUCGAUCGAGUGGUCAUAAUGAUGUAUACUGGGUUUCUAACCAGCAGCUGCUUGCAUGGAUGCAAAAUCCCACUGAUAUUGCUGGCUCAGUUACUAAUCCUGCUCUAGACUGUUUAAUGCCUGCUGUCAAUCCCUCAAAUGCAGAAGUCUGUGAUGGUAUUGAUAACAAUGGCAAUGGCCAGAUCGAUGAAGGGUUAACAGAAAGCUGUUAUUAUCCAGCAUUGCAAGCCAGUUUUACUUCUUGUUUUGGUUGUCCUACUACCAUUCCUAAUGUGACCAAUCCAGUUCCUUUUACUGGUCCACGUACCCGUAAAUCUAUCCCCAGCGCUGGAUGUCCCAAUGGCGGAACAUGGAACCCUAUAUCCGGUACUUGUGUCAACCUUGCUCGCCAAGCUAAAGUCAUUCCCAAAAAUAGCACUGGUUCUGGUUCCAGUGCCAAGGGUGCCGGAAAUAGCGCCGAUUCACCAUCUCAAUGGCGUGUGGUAUCUUUGAUAGUGACUCUCGCUACACUAUUCUUUGUUGGCAUGGCCGUCUAACAAAAUUUUGAUAUUAUCCCUACAUCUGGUUUUAACUCUUGUUCCUCCAUAUUUUUCAUUUCCUACUGAACUUUUGAUUCACAUUACUCAAUAGGCCUCCUGUUAAUCUAACCGAGUCGUAUAAUAAAUAUGGAUUGUUUUGCUGUG